UUCUUGAAUCAUUAUACGCGCAAAACAUUCAAAUGUCUUUAUGAUUUGAGUCAUGCCUUUGGAUAGCCUGUGAGAAUUGUGACUAUGACCGGUAAGUACAGGUAAGUACAUCACUUAAAAGGGAACCGAAAAUUUUUUAUAGUUUUUAUAUUUUAUAGUUUUAAGCUUCAGCUGUAGAAACAACUACAAUCUACCAAAUAUUUCUAUUUACAUGGUUCUCGUUUUUUCUUUUGUAGGUGUACUAAUUCAGUUUGUUCCUACACACACAAGUUAAAAAACAAACAACAGACUUCUCCCGUAGCAGCUGCAAUACCAGGAAUGGGUUUAGGCUUCAUGUUCCCUCCACCAAGUGUCCUCACUCCUCCACCUCCUGUUACUCAACCGGUUCCUUGCAAGUUUUACCCGUCUUGUACCAAAGCUGACUGUACUUUCUAUCAUCCACAACCAAAGGCUUGUCGUUUUGGUGCCAACUGCACCAGGCCAAACUGUUCAUUCACUCAUCCAGCCAAACCUUCCUCGUUAAAGUGGGUGGCACCAACUCUUCACAUAAGUGAAAGGAGUUUUGCGGUUUCAGAACAGAAAGUAACCUCCAUGCCGGUGUUAUAGCAGAGAAUUAGUUGAAGUCAACAUUAUAGAAUUUUUCUCGUGAAAUAUAAUUCAAGUUACGACUGUGUCGUUGCUGUGUUAUCAACAAUUGGUGUUCUGAUGGCAGGAAACAAAGCGUAUAAAAGUGGACGACCGCAAAAGAAUUUCAGAGUCUUUAAUUUGUACAUGUCCCGCCGAGGACUCUUCGUUUUUCACCUAUUAUGCUUUUGUUUUUUUAAAUCUUUUUUCUGUUAAAGGAGACCAGAAUUAAGAUGACUGAUUUCCUAAGUAUUUUUCUUAGAUAGAUUGCCACGGAGUCAUUUAAGUUCAAUGACUGUGUGGAA